CGCCGCUGCUGGGUUCCGGUGGGGAGGAGUUGUGUUCGUGUCUACGCAGGCAGCCGCCGCUUAUUAUUGCAUCUUUUACUGAGAAAGAGACGCUGCGAGUUUGAAUCUGACAGUGUCCGAAUAGCAACUCCUCGCCGCUAUAAGCAGCAUUUACCCGGGCGAAAUGGUAGCAAAGCAGAGAAUUCGUAUGGCCAACGAAAAACACAGCAAAAACAUCACGCAGAGGGGAAAUGUGUCGAAGACAACGAGAAACCCUCAGGAUGACAAAGUGUCUGUUGGUCCUUGGUUAUUGGCACUCUUCAUUUUUGUUGUCUGUGGAUCAGCUAUCUUCCAGAUCAUCCAGAGCAUCAGGCUGGGCAUGUAAAGUGGACAGAGCAACCCUAUUUCCUGUGGAUUCCAGCCUCCUCUGUACCGUUCCAGCAGUUAUACUGCACCUGGCUUGAAUCUCCAUUAAUGAAGAAUCGAAAGAAUAUCAUUUCAUCUGUAUCUCUGCUGUAGACUUUCCCCACACAUGCAACAGUCCUUCCAGUGCCUUAAAAUAUACAAUCACAAUGCCAUUGUAAAUGUAACAUUCCAAUCUGGGACCUUGAUUAAAAAAAAAAAAAAAAAAAAAAAAAAAAUUGUAAAUUCAUGUUUGUUUCUUUUGUAAAUGUUCCAUGCUUCAUUUGUGUGGUGUACCUUGUAUGUGUUGAUGUUUUUUUUUUUUUCCAAUCAAAUUGUAAUUUCCUCUAUUUUAAAAGAAGGAUACUGUGUUUAAGAAAUAUGGUGUUUGUUACUGGCUGCUGCAAGACAACAUACCUAACCAUGAUGCUUAGCGCUAAUAACUACAUUACUGUCUUAUACUUAAACUGUAUUGGCUAAGACUGUGCUUGCAGUUGUGGAAAGAAACGAAAAACCUGCAAAAGCAUCAUAGUCAGGCCAGAAAAACAUGACAUUUUGUGUGUGUGGGGGUGUGUGUGUGUGUGUGUGUAUAUAUAUAUAUAUAUAUAU